AUGAUUAAGGAGGCACAGCGUGUCAGGCCCAACGUGAAGCCUCACACGCCACAGGAGAUUCUUAGCGUCUACCUAAAUCGAGAGUACGAGGAGAUGCAGGCUUGGAUACAUGGACUCAAGCCGAACUGGAAGCAGUACGGGAUGACAACCAUGUGUGAUGGGUGGACGAGACCCACGAAAUUGUCUAUUAUUAAUUUCAUGGCGUACUGUAGAGGGCAGCCUGUUUUCCUCAAAUCCAUUAAUGCAUCAACCAAAAUAAAAGAUCACAAAUACAUAUAUGAUCUCCUAAAAGGAGUGAUUAGAGAUGUUGGGUCCCAGACUGUUGUCCAAGUUGUGACGGACAAUGGCAGUGCAUUCAUUAAGGCGAGGAAAAAAUUGAUAAGGAAGUACAAUCUCUAUUGGACCCCGUGUGCGGCAUGCUGCAUUGAUUUAAUGCUCGAGGGGAUAGGCCAGAGGGAUUCUAACAGAAGGACCAUCCAGGAUGCGAGGAGAGUGACAAACUUUAUAUAUAAUGACUCAUGGUUGUUGGUUGCAAUGCGUGAGUAUUGUGAAGGGGACAUCGUUAGCCCAGGCGCGACACGGUUCGCCACAAACUUCAUUGCACUCGACUACUUAUACAGGCACUGCAUGGGUCUCAUAAAUUUGUUCAGAUCUGAGAGAUACUUCGAGUGGAAUCAGAGGAAGACUGAGGGUGCAAAGAACGUUUCGAAGAUGGUGUUUUCCGAUUCCUUCUGGGAUAGAGUUCACAACGUCGUUUCUAUCCUGCAUCCGAUCUACAAGGUCCUACAAGCCGUAGAUAAUAAGAUGUGGCUUUCGAUGGGGUCAAUGUAUGAGUUUAUGAGAAUUAUGAUAGAAGGGAUAAUGACUAUAAUCCCCAGUUCGUACCAGUGGGUGAUCAAUAUCAUCGAUCAUCAAUGGACCAAGACUCGAGCAUCCACUCCACCAACAUACUACCUCAAUUCCGAAUUUCAUUAUAAACGUCGGCUCUAUGAGAAUAAUGAUUUGAUGAUGGCCGUCUACGAGGUGUUCGAACGAUUGUUCCCAGAAUCGACAGCGCAAACAGAUUUCGUGAGUGAUGAUGAUAAUGAGACUCAACCCCCACUCGACACUGGUCCUGGGGAUGACGACGAUGACGACGACGACAACGGUGAUGAAGGAGGGAAUGGCGACAUUGACACUAGUAUAGGUGGUACUAGUGGGGUGGGGGUGGCAGUAGUAGGGGGUAUACGACGGCUCAAAGCCAACGAUCCGUUGGCCAGUUCACUGAGGAGCAUAGCUUUGACCAUGCCACUCAGGAUGAGGACCAUGGAUCUCUUCCACCAUCCGGGAUGA